AUGUCAUCGAUGCUAUCGGGAGCUCCCGGCAUGGCUAGUGAUUAUCUUCCUCGACAUCAUUCUAUUUACGGUGUAACCGAAAGUAACGCACUUCCACAAAUGUCUGAUGAUGAGAUACUGAAGCCUGCAAAAGAAAUUAUUCAUUUUGAUGCACUUUCAUUACUUUCUGUUCUUCAGGUGCUUUGCUCACUGGUAAUAUUUGGCUGUGGGGUUCUACGAAUAAUAUGGAAUUCAAAGUGGGCAAUAGGCUUGGAAAUUAUCUUUGCUUUGCUUGUUUUCGUAGCGGGCGUUACAGGAAUCUGUGCCACAAGUCGGAGAGCGUUAGGUUCAGCAGUAAAGCACGUGGAGAAGCUUCGAGUGAGUUUUGAUUUGAAAGGUACCUUUGAAGGAAUAUCUGAAACGAUGGAGAAGAAUCUUGAUCGAUUAGACAGCAAAGAAGUUUUGUAA